AUGAAGUCACGGGGCGGCUUGGCGCUGGGGGUUGUUAUCGCCUCCACGCUGUGCUGCGGCGGCAAGGGUUUUCACCAGCCGGGUGUGACCAGGAUCCAACAGCAGCAGCGCAGAUCGUCAGCGGCAACAUUCCAGACGGGAAGAAGCAGCAGCACCUCCGCCGGCACCAGGGGUCGCAGGAGGGCCGGCGGCGGCAGCCUCCGCGCCAAGCCGGCGGACCCGCCCUCCUCCUCGGCGGCCCCGGGUAAGGACAAGGAGGACGAGGAGCAGAGGAAGAAGAGCAGCGGCAGCAGCAGCAGCGGUGAUGACGAAAAGCUCCGCCGCCGCCGCCACCCUGGCCGUGGCGCCACCGGCGGCUUCGGCCGCCAGAACACGCUCAUCAAGCAGGCCGUCGAGGCGUGGGCCGACGAGUCGCUAGACCUUCGCCGUUUCCAGGGGAAGCGGGUUCACAUCUGCAAGGCCGAGACCUUGCCCGAAGUCCUGUCGGAGUUCUGGAGCCUGGCCUCGAUGAUGGCGCAGGAGAAGUACUCGGCGAUGGCCGGUGACCGCGACUACGCCGCCCACGCACUCUUCGUGGCUCCCCGCUGCGCCCUGCUCAAGGACUACGCGAUGAUGCGCCACCUGGACAAGGUCCUCGACUUCUGCUCCGGGGGGUGUAGCGACUUUGGCCGGACGGUGACCCUGCAGCACUACCACCCGGACUUCGUGCUCCCGCCCUCCCAGACCCGCAGCAGCAGUGCCGCCGCCGCCGUCGAUGACAACAACAAGGGCCUCUCGCGAUUUGUUAACUUCUCGCGCGCGCCGUACCCGACGUUCGGCCUCACCGCCGCGGCCGGGAGCCUGGUCCGCUCCGAGCCCAUCGAGAAGACCGACAAGAUCGGGCACCUGAGGCUGGACCUGGAGCUGGUCUACAACUCGGUGGCGGGGCGAAGCACGGACGACUGCGUGGAUUCUCACGGCUCGCCCCACGGGACGAUUCCGUCCUCCCCCGAAGAGGUACAAGACAAGGCAUUGGACUGGCUAUACAGCCUUCCCCCGGCCCUCCAGGCGGGACAAGAGGGGGCGGAGGGAAGCGUGGAAGAACGGGGCGCAGCAGGAGACGAAGCCGUUUCUACUGCUGCUAUCGUCAACGAGGAAGAGAAAGAGGCGGGGAGACGCGGGAGCGGCGCUUCGAACGGGCGAGGCGGGAGUUCUUCGUCCCUGACCAGCUCGUACGAGGGAGGGCUGGUGACAAGUGGCCUCAACUCGCCGGAAAAGGUGUACCACCCGGAGUUGGUGUGCGAUGGAGGCGUCAUCGAUAUCGACCGCCGUUCGCCGUACCCGACCCUGCUUCUCAAGCACUGCGGCCUAAAGGACGUUCUGUUCGAGCCGAGCGGGAACUACAGGCACGUCCUUCCACCUCUCAAGCUCCCGCUGGAGGACGAAGACAGCGAAGACGAGAGCGACAAUGCUACUGACGACCCAGAGGGAAACUCCUCUUCCUCCUCCUCCUCCUCCUCCUCCUCCUCCUCCGCCCCCCCCCCGGGCCCGUUUGGCGAGGUCUCCGCGGACGAUGCCCAGCUUUAGAGAGAGAGUCGUCUUUGUUGUUGUGUUUCUUCGGACAUACACCCAGUCGAGCGGGGGUCGGUUCCGCGUUGUCGGCGGUGGGUGCUCCAAUGAUGAUGGACAGAGCAGGCACGUACGUGUGGUUGACUACCGAGGGAGAUUUUCUGUCCGAUGUAUCGUUGGCGCGUGGUGGCUUCUGGAUUGUGUAAGUCCUGAACGAACCGAGGUUUGGUUGUGUUUGUUGUCGCGCUGACUGACGAUGUCGGCCCCUCUGGGAGGGAAAGGCGAUUUCACACGUGCUGUGUGGUGUGGUAUGUACCACAAGUUUUUGGGUGGGUGCGCUGGCUUUUGCCGAGCGAGAGGCCGCGGACGCACUCGAUGAGACCAUCGGCCAAUCGGAGAGCGGCGGCUGCCUU